ACCGGGGUAUCGCAAUGCGGUGCCGACCAGUAAGUGUGCGGGAUCGGGUGCUAGUAAUUCUAACUCUGCUACUGCAUCCGUGCAGCACUCGUCCUCUCCGGAUUCUGUGCCGGUAUCCCAUGCAAAUGCAGUUGUAUCGUGGUGCUCAUAUGAGCUGCAACUGUGCAUGACCUUGACCACUAGUUUGCGAUUGCGGCUUACCUAAAUUUGCAUGACAAAGUGCACGUUAUCUCUCUGCGCUGCUGCGAAAAUUUGGAAUGGAAUUUCGACAAGAGCCUUAGAAGUACUAUGAGGGUGCGAUGCUUUUGCGAUGCAUAGUCCGAAUUGGAAGACAACGCGGAUUCAAUGCAUCUCUUCAGCAACAGGUUGAGCUUGAGCUCGGUAGGCCGCCGGCGAAGCAGGACACGGCGGAGCUCUGAGCCUGGGGCUUUUACUGCCAGGCUGCUCGACGACGAUGAGCAGCGAAAUCAAGGAGCAGGAAAUACUCGGGCGCCAGGAAUACCAGUUCCAGUACCUUCAUCAGGCAAAAACUCUGCAACCACGACGGCAAUUAGAAUCGAUGAAGAGGCCAACAUCAAGGCACACUCUCAAGACGAGCAGGUUCUUGGAAUAAAACAGGACGCGUUCUUAUCUGAUUUUCUGGAGCUCGGGACGGCCCAGCAGGAGAACCUCCAACCGCCACAGCAAAGAGAAGACGAGCUUGGGACGAUUGUAGAAGGUCGUGCUACAACAGUGGCAGUGGAGGACGGGCAUCAAGGGGGGAGCUGUACAAGAAGAACUAGUAGCGCUUGUCCUACGGCGGGAACAGGACCGGGCUCUUCAUCCGCAGCUCCUGUUACUCCUGGAGAUCAUUCUCCGCUUGACCACGUGGACGUUGAUGGCGCCGCGUCGGCGAAUACUAGAGACAAGACGAAAGAAGCCGUGGGAAGGUGGAGCUCGAUCAUUUCCAACUUUCGGGCAACCAAGAACUCCAACACGUGGACGUCUUCGCGAAACCAUGGGUCUAACAUCUUCAGCACCGGCAGCAAGCGCAGCUACAAGGACAGCAACCUGUCCUCAAUUUUCGAUGGGAGCAGCACGUCCAGCAGAAUCGGCUUACUACGAGAUGAGUGCACGACAACUAGUCCCCUCGACGUGGUCGCCCCUUCUGGUGCUACAUUGUCAUUCGAAAACAGGAGCUCGACCACUCGAGCUGCUGACGCUACUUAUUUGUUUUUCACAGCAUAAAAAUCUUAUUUUAUCUUGCAUGACCAUAAGAUUUCGCAGCCGAACCGAUGAAAUUGACAUGCCACGCCGCAAAUACUGAUCAUCAAAGGAAUUUUAAAAAAAAUUUGUCACGCAGAGGGAGAGGCUAAACAGAAACAUUAUGUUGCUUCUCCUGUCCAUGUUGGGCCGUUUGCCGCCCUUCAAACGAGAUAGACCCUUGCGGGUCGUUCUUGUGCACUCUACUUGUUAUACGUACCCGAUAUCUUCCAGAAUUUCUGUUCAGAUUCGAACCCUCCAGCGUUCGGCGAAGAUGGCACCGCCGCGGACAGGCGCGAAAGCGCGAAUGAUGGUCCUGGCACAUCAUCGAACAACCGCAACACCAUGACAAAUACGACGAGCUGCGCCAAAGAAUUGCGCCAAGACCAUCAACUCCAGGAACGGCUGAAUCGGAAAAGCCGGAUGCUUCUCAGGGAUAACUUUUUUAAGUUCAAGCUGCCAAAAGGAGACUCGGCAACCAGCAUCACAUCGUCUACCUGGUCUUCUUGCGAUGGCCAGCGCCGGUCGACCGCCGUCAAUGCCGCUUCUAUCGCUGGCGCCCGCCGCACCACUAUCCUGGAGGAGACUAGCAACAAGGGCUUGGUAAAGCAGCGCCGACUGGAGUGGCUCGGCAACAGCUUUUCGUCCUCCAGUGCUGCUACUGCAGGAACAACGAAUGUGCUUUCGUACGACAGUACUUCUUCCUCGUCUAAAAAUAGAAGCGUUAUCAUCAAAAAUCCGAAAUCUCUGGAAUCCGACCGGUUCUCGUUUUUGAAAAAUUUGUCCAAGAAACAGGAACAGUUUUUGGGCCCGAAUCCCCGGAUCCAGGCCGAACUGGAGCGCAUCAAGCAGGAGCGACGCAAGGUCGCGAAGCGGGCGGCUUUUGGACCCAGCUACGCAUUGCAAAACGAGCUGCAUCGCUGUACCACCAGCACCACCACUAGACUUAAGUGCAGCAUGGCAAGUUUUUUUCAAGAUGAAGCUGCAGUUUUUUCUGCAGAAUUUGUAUAGGUUUUGGAGGCAGAUCUGUCAUCAUGCAUGAUUGUGAUGAGUGCGACCGCGUUGCUUUUGCAGUGGAUAGUAGCCACGUACAGGCAAUUCCCAAGACAUUCCUGCAGUAUUACGAGGAUCUGGGGCUAUGCGAGCUGACGAGCAGUUCGGGCGGGGAUGAUGAGGAAAGCGACGAGGAGGAUGCGCGCAGUGGGAAAACGAAUACUAGCACCAUCUCCAGUGGCGGAUCAUCCUCUUCGUCUUCCGGCGUGUCUAUCUCCUGCAGGGCGGGAGAGGGCAAAAAAAGCGAAGGACUUGAAGAUGCCAUGGUGGACCCUGACGAGCAGCAAAGGAUGCUGCAAGUAGAAAGUGGCACUCGCAGCUCAACAGCACGACCGGAUAAUUGUACUGGCUCUACUCUUACUUCUACUGAUGAAAAAGGCGUCGACACUGCUCUCGUCGAGCGUUGUGCCACCGCGUCACACAAGCUGGAUCUUCGCUCCAGCGGUAUUGGACAGAGGGGCCACAGUUCUGGACCUGCUGGGUCGACCUGCACCGCCUCCAGAGUCGACGUUUUGAAGAGCUCCAAUGACUGCGACGAAACAAAAGCAGCUGCGGUUCCGUAUGAGGACGCAGUAGACUACACGAGCAGCUGCAAUACAGGAGCCCUGAUGACUUCUAGCAUUGCGGCCGCAAGCAAGACGGAUUCCCGCGCGCCGAAUGAAGAACCUGCUUCCCGGAUGAAAAUAGGAAGUAAAAAGAAGAAAUCAACCUCAACACGACGGAAGAACGAAGAAAGUCCAGCCACACGGCAAUUUCGGCGACAGGAAGCUCUGAAACAGAAGCAGUUGCAACAGGCAAAAAGGAACAAGAAGCGCGUUUCGCUGUACAAUUUUUUGUCUUCGUUGGAGCAGCAGCAACAGAACACGUCGGAGAAGGCAAAAGCAGAAACCGGAUCAUUUGCAGCUUUUCCGUCCUCGACCUCAAAGAACAUCAGCGGACGCAGUAGCGGCGGUGGAACGUCGACGUCGGGAAGGUCCACCUAUGAAUUGCAGAAGCAUCGUACUAGUAUAAAUUGCAAUACAAAUUAGCUCAGCAUGACAAAGGGAAUUUGUCAUGCUGUUUUGCCUUGGGAUGGAUAUUUGUAAUGCAUGUUUGCAAUGACUACGAGUACGAUACUUUUGCACAGGAUACCAGCUCGUUUGCAGCAACUACCGCCGAGGAGCAGGAGAAACGCGGGAUACAGGAUCUUCUUCAACACCAGGAUCAAAACAAGAAAAGCUUAUCCGCUGCAUCGUCGGCGGGACCACGACCUGUCGUCUCCACAGGAGGAGUGGCGUCGGUGGAGGAGAGGUGGGCAAAAGCGUCUGCGAAACUGGAUACCAACUACAGUAACAUGACGGACGUGUUUGAUUUUCUGGCGAUCAAGAACGUGCUAAAGCGCAUGAAGGGCAACGAGAGUCGGUCGGCCAGUCCGGUGCUGACCAAGCGGCGCAAGUACUUCAGAAGACUGCGAAAAGCUGAAAAGCUGUUGAUGCGGUCGAUUCAACGGGACUGCUUCGUGACGACCUCCAAUUCCACCUGCAGCACGAGUGGAAGUAGUAGUUCUACAACCAAUUAUGCAGCGAGUGGAGCCGCAGCGCACCAUCUGCGCAAAACAACCGCCACCUGUGGAACUGGGUCGUCCUCGUCGGGGAAUUUGAUGUCGCAAAACGAAAUAAAGUCCCACGCAUCAUCAACAACAUCAUCAUCUUCCAGGACGGUGCUGACCACGGCAAAGUGCACCGGUGUAGCUGCAGGAAUUUCUGACGCAAGCAGGGAUGAAGUAGAUUUGAUGGUGGCCACUUCUGUGAACAGCGACGAGCAACAGGAGCUCCGAGAAAAGCAAAAGCCGGAGGGUCGUCCUCCUCGUCAGUGCGGCAGUAGUAUUAAGACUUCGAGCGGACUGCAGCUGGACGAGGCUUCGACUGCGGACGGCUCCACGCAUCAUGAAGAAGGAAGAGGAACAGCAGCCGCUACUGUUCACGUAGAAGAUGUCGAAGACCAGAAUCAUGCCACCAGCGCCGCACGUGCCAGCGCCAGAGUCUCGCGCCGCACCUGGGGGCGAAGGUCCAUGAGCUGUGACUAAGACUAAGGCUAGGGUGGACGAGGAAAAAUCGACAAGGAGUCCUCGUCUAUCGCGCCGUGACACUACGCUGCUUCGCUUGCUCAAGUAAAAGAAUCAACCGAAAGGUGUGGAAAACUAAAGAGUUUUCCGAUUCAAAGGGUCUUUUUCGAGUCGUGUUGUGGGAGUCCGCCCAUUCACGAGGAGAGACCGUGCAAGUUCUAACCACGUAUAGCAAGUCACUAGUAGCCGCAGCUGCUGUACUACUACAGGCUUCUUCACUCGGCGGGGUAAUGUUGAAUGAAAUGAUGUUGAGUCUAUCCUACGGGAGAAAAAUCGUGCUGGCAUGAAGCAUCAUUUUCUUUUUUGACAGUGGUGAAGAGUUCAUCUUGGAGCAUAUCUACACAUACCACCAGCACAAGGUUUGUAUGUUCACUGUAAUUGUUACGUCGCAGCUGCUGCAUCAGGAGAUGGUGUAUGAAGCUUGACUCAGCACGACCAUGAGGAUUAUCAUAUUAAGCCACGACGCGCUCGCGCCCAACCACAAUAGCUGGUGAAAAUGUAUGCUAUGUGCUAGAAUACGGAGUAUUUUUCUCGACGACAGUGUGGAGCUCUCAACUUUCUGCCCGACGAUGCGUGGCGACGAUAUCUCGUAUCGAAGGCGGCGACUUCGACUUCUGAUGGUGGAUAUGUACACUGUAGUAACUAAGACCAAAUCAUUACCACACAAAUGAACCUGCUUGAAUUUGUUUUGAAUUGUUUACCGUGAUGUUUUUGAUUUUUGAUAUAUGCUAAAGAUAUUCGUGUUGGGCAAUAUGAAUAUGUAUACGACCGGCCUGGAAUCGUGCAAAGCCCUGCACGCACACCACAGCCCACAAAUCCGCGCAGGAGCUAAAG